CAAAGAGGAGGAUGCGGAGGGGCAAUAGAGUCUGGACAGACAGAGAAGUGUCCCCCUGACACUCAAAACACAGAGCAAGGGAGAAUUGUAGGAUCGAGGUCCAAAUUGCUAGAUUUCAAUGGACUGUCCACCCGAAACCGCUUUUUCAUCCCCAAGGGUUACUCUCCACCAGGUUCCCCAAAGAGGGAAGCAAGCCCCCUUCCCGAAUUUCAACAGGCUCCACUUCUUCAUCGAAAUGUAUAGAAAAGCAGCCGCAACAGCUAACGUCAGCCAAGAGGCAGCUCCGGUGCAGCCACUGCUCCAAGGGCUCCUCCCACAGCCACCAGCUGAAGAUGCAUGAGAGGGUGCACACCGGAGAGAAACCAUUUCAAUGUGUCUACUGUGGGAAGUCCUUCACCCAGUCCGGCAACAUGAAGAAGCACCACCUCGUCCACACUGGCGGCAGGCCACAGGACAUUGGGCUGCCCUAAGUGUUUCAGGGUGAAGUUUCCCCUAGGUACAGGUCUAGGAUCAGCUUCCUCUCUUCCAAUACUAACCUUAACUGGUUGUGGAAAAUAAACUAAAAACUGACCUAAGAUCAGCAUCUAGGGGCUAAUUCACACAUCUCCACUUGGAGUAAUGAUAAGCACGUUGUGUGGAAAAACUCCUGGCCCUGGUUGUAAGGGAAAAAGCUCCACACGUCUGGGGUUUUCAUAUUAAAACUGGGUCCAUGUGUUAACAGUUUGGAAGGUUUCCACAUGGAACGCUACCCUCUGUGUGUAGUGGUCGUGUUUUCAGUUCAGCUGGCUUGAUGCUUGGUCCAGAGUGGAUUGAUAAUGUAGAAGUUAUUGCAGGUGAAGAUUUUAAACAUCCUUAUGAAUUUGUAUUGGUGCAGUGAUGAUCCAAAGUACAGUAAAAAAUGAAAUGUUUACACGAAAUUACAUAUUUCUUUCAUAGGUACAACAUUCUUGUGCAGCACUCCUGUACAGUAGGUGGCAGUGUUAAACUUUAAAUUCUACAGCCCAGCAUAUGAUUACAUUACUGUGACGAGGAAAAUAAAGCUAGCUACAAUCAAAAGCUAUCUAUCUAUCGAUGUUUAGCUUCUGAUAUGAUUGUAUUUGUUUUACUAGAUUGCUAGAUAACUGUAGAGAAUCAUAAUAUAGAAAACACAAAGACUGUUUUCAUAUUGAAAAGGGACCAAAAGCGUCGGGGGACAAUGUCGGGUUCCGUGGUCGAUUUCCAGGCGCAGAUAGCCUCAAUCAUGGAGGUGCUAGCCAACGCGGCUGUAGCCGAAAUCUGCAAAGUUGUUGACGAUGGCUAUGCGGUUGUACACCUGGAGAUUUCCCAAAGCCAAAAGGAGAACGAAUUUCUACGGAGGAAUAUGAAAUUGAUGGAACUUCAGAUCGCGAGGUUUCGGGCUGAGAGAACAAAGUUUUCAAAUGGGUCCGUCCACAAUCGCUUCCAUGGAAUACGCCUGCUAAACAGACACAACCAUCGAGAGACGGCAACGACAGGACCUACUUGGCAAAGCAGAAACAGACUUUCCAACAGGAGUUUUGGGAACAGCAGCAUACCAAGAGACAGACAGCCCAUAGACGUGGACCAAGAAGAUGUCUCUCCAUCAAGGCAUAUGGAUACUACAAGUGAUGAGCAGUCAGCAGAGACCGAGGAAGGGGAACCAGACCUGUUGAUCAUCAAGGUGGAGGGAGAAACAGAUGACCAGGAAUCUAGGUCCAGACACCCGGCCAGAACAGUGGAGGGCAGCAGAGAGCUAACCACCCAACUGGCUGCAGCCACCACAGAGGACCCUGUCAUUCAGUCCAGUGACCCCAGAGGCAACAACAGCUACAACAACACCGCUAUGGAGGUCAGUGGAUCUGACACCGUCUUCCUCCAGUCAGAAACAGGGAAUGUGAACCAGGGACCACAGCAGUUUACAGGACUUGAACCCAGAGCAGAGAGACAGAGUCUGGACACAAAGUGUGACAUGAACAGGGACCUCAAUCUCCUAAGAGAUUCUUUAAACCAGGUGUGCAGAGAGGUAGUAGCGACUGAUGAUGGUGCCUCUGCUGCUCACACUAAAGUAAUGGGCCUAGGGAGUGGCCCAGUGGGCCCAGAAACACAGAGUAGCUCGGCCAUGGAAAUGAGAAGUGUAGGGUUAGAAAACCUCAGGUUUUCCCCCAAGUCGUUCCAUUCUUCAUCAGAACAUGUGAUAGUGAUUGACUCUGUGUCCAGUGGGCAGCAGGUAGAUAGAGGUUUCGAGUGGGGUCAGGUGGGUACAGCUACUGCACCACAGGACAAUCGGACUGGAAAUACGCAGGGAGUGGGAGUGUUUAACAGAAACGCACCAACGAUUCACCCUGUACGCCACAAAUCGAUGAGAGACAACACCACGCAAUUGGUUUCACCCGUCUUCCGGCCCUCAGAGAUAAAUACAGGCAUGCAUCUUGGCACAGGAAAUGCAGGUGAGGCCAACAAAGAUAGUUGGUGUUCGUUGGCAAGCCUCCAUAGACACUCUGAAAUACCAGGAAGAGGAGCUCAACAACCAACUCAUACCUCACUUCCUGUUGGCCAUUUUAGACCAAGCACCACAAUUUCCUCUCACUUGAGUAAUCUCACCACACACGGUAGACUAUGCACCGUAGAACAACUGUAACAAACUGCCAUAAGAAGUUUGUCCAUGAGAGCGACUUGCGGCAGCACGCUGUUGGCCACACCAGGAAGCGAGCGUUCGCCUGCACGUUGUGUGAGAAGAGCUUUGUGUCCCCCAGCAAGCUCCAAGUGCAUCAGAACGUCCACACUGGAGAGAAGCCCUUCAGUUGUGCACAGUGCGGACGCAGGUUCUCCCACUCCAGCAAUCUGAAAAGACAUCAGAAGCUUCAUCAUUGAGAACUGACACAGAAGCAAGAGAUUCCUAUUGAAAAUAUGUUAUAGCAAUAUCAUGAGUUCAAACGUUGUCAUAUGUUUGCUUUGGUCUCAUGCAUGUUAAAUAAAAUAAAAAAAACAUUUGUUACAUUUUAGUAAUUUAGCAGACGCUCUUAUCCAGAGCGACUUACAGGAGCAAUUAUGCUUAAGUGCGUUGUUCAAGGGCACGUCAACAGAUUUUUCACCUAGUCGGCUCUUGCAGAGCGCUACAAAUUUGCAAAACAUAUGACAUAUUACAAUUUGUGUUGGCUAACGUUAGCU